UUGGAGAUACAGGUUAUUCCGUGCGUCUUUUUACCGAAUCAAUUUCACCAGUUCCUCGUCGAUUCAGUGUAAAAGAGAAAGAUCUUGGCUUAGACUGAGGAUCAUGAGUUCCACGUCGCAGAAACAUAGAAACUUUGUGAGUGAGCCCAUGGGUGAGAAGCCUGUAACAGAGCUCGCAGGGAUCGGGCCAGUCCUGGCGGGAAGGCUGGAGGAUAAAGGAUUUGAUAAAGCAUACGUUGUCCUGGGUCAGUUCCUUGUUCUCAAGAAGGAUGAAGAAAUGUUUAUGGAUUGGAUUAAAGAUACAUGUGGAGCAAACAAGAAACAAGGCUCGGACUGUUAUAACUGCCUUAAGGAAUGGUGUGAUGCUUUCUUGUAAUCGAUCACAGUAGCCGAACAAUGUUUUAAUUGUAUUAUUCUCAGACAGUAGUUUAUAUGUAACUUAAUUUGGGUAUGCAUUUCAUUAGGCAAGAAAAGGAAUGCUACUUAAUACUUAUAUAUCAUAAAGAAUAGACGCUAUACCAUGGUGUUAACUUUAGUAGCUGAAAUCAGCUUUCCUGUGUGCAUCCUACCUUGUUGAGUUCGCUAUGCUGUCUUUUCGAUCAGACUCUGUAUUCACUAAUUCAGCUUUAUUAAAAAGGUGGUGCUGUUGUAGUUGGCAUCCAUUGAUCUUGGGAUCUUGGGCAUGCAUCGAUCUCUGUCAAACUUAGACGUACUGUAUAAGCUUCUAUUAAAGUGAAAGUAUUGGUAA